AUGUUGGGUUCAGAGCUUGGAAGAAAGUGGUACUUGGCUGAUGCAGUUGUAAAGAUACGAAGAAGGUGGUCAUUAGCCUUUGGUUCUGGUAUGGGGUUGGGAAUGGUCUACUCCAACUACCAGUGUGAUUUCCCAACUCCGUAUCUUCUUCAUGUAAAAUGUGUCAAAGUACAAUGA